CCCCCUAUGUGUAUUUGUUUUUUUGUAAUACUUUGUGAGGAAAAACUGUCAACCAUAUCCAAAGUGCAGGACCAAAGAGAAGUAAAUAAUGUAUGCUUUUGUUAGAUUCUUUGAAGACGAUAUGUGCUACGCGUUGCCCGUUUCUACAGUGGAAGAUUUCAGACCUCUGCACAGGACAGAUUUUGAUAAUCAGAAGGUGUAUCUGGUUCACAGAACUGAAGAGAAUGGCAGCAGUGCAGGCCAGCCGAGCGAAGCGCAGAUCCUUGCCCUUGCAGAUACAGUAGAGGAAUUUGAAGACAGUAUAAUGCAAAAGAAGAUGAAAAUUCCCAAGAUGUCCAUCAAGAAUUCAGGAAACUCAAUUGAGAACAAUUUUGGAGAGGAGAGAAUGCCACUCAGACAUAAAAAGGCCCUGUCUCAGGACCACGGACGGCCCCUUUCAAACUCCUCUAAGAGCCUCGCAGCAGUAGUGGCUCGCCUCGAGAGGAACGCAGCCAGCUCCUGUAUAGAGGGAGAGGAAGACUUGGAUGAGGACCGGCUGGGUGAAGAGGGAGAGGAUGCAGACGACGAAGAUGAAGAUAUGGAGGCAGAGCAUCAGCCUCAUCAGCCUCAUCAUCAUCCACCACAGCCACAGCAGCUUCUGGAGGUGGAAACGGACUGUGUGUCUGCAGCGGUGGUUCCCAGAGUCCUGUACGAGGAGCUGGUGCUCAGCUACAGGCAGCAGGAGGAGGAGAUGAGGAGGCUGCAGCAGGAGCUGGAGAGGACCCGCAGGCAGCUGGUGCAGCAGGCCAAGAAGCUCAAGGAGUACGGCAGCUUGCUGACAGAAGUCAAAGAGCUGAGGGACUUCAACAGGAGGCUGCAGGACGUACUACUCAUGAGACUGGGCAGCGAGCCUAUGCAUGACAAUGGCACUCAGACAAUCAAGGCUGAAGUUGUUGAACCCAUUGUUGAGGCGCAGGAGACGUGCCGAGAAGAAGCCAACACCAGCUCCAGCUACUCCCCCUCACCCAGAACAGUGUACACCUGCAACGAUGGGAAGGUACACCUAGGCGGAGGGAUCUGGGUGGAGGAGGAGAAGUGGCACCAGCUGCAGCGCACCCAGGGAGACUCCAAGUUCACAAAGAACCUGGCAGUCAUGAUCUGGGGGACAGAGACCCUGAAGAACCGCAGCGUCACGGGAGUGGCCACGAAGAAGAAGAAAGACGCGCUGCCCAAACCCCCGCUGUCCCCGAGCAAACUGAAGAUCGUCAGAGAGUGUCUCUACGACCGAGUGUCUCAAGAGACGGCCGACAGUGCGGAGAUCACGCAACGAUUGUCCAAAGUGAACAAAUACAUUUGCGAAAAGAUCAUGGACAUCAACAAGUCCAUCAAGAACGAGGAGCGGCGGGAGUCCAAGCUGCUCAUCAGACAGACUGUGAAGAUGGAGAGCUUCACCUACGACGGGAUGUAGGGAUCAGCUGUGCUCGCGCCGCUUUGGGGGAUGUUUGUCACACUUUCAGGAGUUAUUUUUAUUUCACACGUUGGAUUAGUUGUUAUGAAACGUUAAAAGAAACCCCUUCAAAGCUACCAGCGCCCAGGUUUCAGACAGCUUUACCCCGCAGCGAGAGGUGUGUUGGAUCUGAGUGUUUUUAUAAGCUUUACAGUGGGACUGGUACCGAGACAUGGGUCAUUAUCGUGUGCAUUUGUGUCAAACGGAGAGAUUAGAUGUAACUGUUAAAUUGAUUUAUUGUUCUGUGUCAGAACAUAGCUUUGAGUCCUUUACACUUUUAAAAAGUAAGAGGUUUAUUUCCCUGGAUAUAGUAUAUGUGAUGCUAUAAAGAUGAUGAUGCUAGCAUGCGUUAGAACUUGUGGAUAUUUUGGUGACUACUGACGGGAUGCUGUUGGUACUCCCUGCAUACAAUGGGCCAUCAGGGUCUUCAAUGCACAAGUCUUAAUUGAAAACAGCCAUAUUGUAUUUUGCAACGGAGAUUCUGUUGCUCUAAGAGAUUAAUUAUAAGUGUGUGCGCCCCUCAGCUGUAGGUCAGUUUAUUAAAAAGUCGACUUGCAGAGAUUAGAUGGAUAGUAUCAGUCUAUAUUAGUUUUUUUAUGUUUUAGGGUUUUGCAAUCAGUGAGGAAGGUUUGGGUGGGAUAUUGUUGUGUUAAUCUCACGAGUCACUUUGAGACGAUUUGACUGUUUAAUGAGUUGUAGCGGUACAGGCACGCUGAUGCCUAGAAAAGGCCUUAAAUGGAUUUGGCAAUCACCGGGGGCUGCUAUGCCUCUGGGUUUUCUAGUAAGCUGUGAUUGUAAAUGUAUAGCUGAAGCGACUUAGCUUCACCUGCACUUUGCUGUGAGAAUGUGAGAGGUGGCUGGCUACUAGGUACUAUUUACUGUGUGAUUCACACCGUUAGUUACGUGCUGCCUCCCCUCUUUAGUUAAAGGUCACCUAUUGUGCAAAAUCCACUUCUUCAUGUCUCUUCUACAUCAACAUGUGUCCCCUCUUCUUCA